UCGAGCUCGCCCGAGCUGCGAGGUGGUGUGGGGACGCCACCGAAAGCUAUAUAAACGCGCUGCACGUAGUCACUGGUGGUGAAUCUCAGUGACCUCGGAGGAGUCAUCCAGGCCUGCGACAACCAAAACGUCUAAACGCCAUGGCCACGCUGCAAAAAAUGAACGGAUCGUUCAGCGGGCAAGUUGGCCAAUUCGUGAAACCUGAGUAUGGACAUGCGAAGGAAAGCUCGGAUCUGUCCAAGAUCGAAGUCAAGUCUGACAAUCCGUUUGAGCUCUUUAAGGAAUGGUACAAGAUGGCCCAAGACGCAGGGGUCAUCAUGCCCCACGCGAUGAAUGUCGCCACCUCUGAUGGGCGUGGCAGAGUCAGUGGACGAACGCUUUUGAUGCGAAAACUUGUCGAUGACGGAUUUCUUCUCAUGACCGACAAAAGGAGCAAGAAGUCGUUUGACAUUGAACUGUGCCCACGUGUGGCGUUGACCUUUCUUUGGAUGUACGCGCGUGACUCCCACGGAAUCAAUGCUCAGCAGGUGCGAGUCGAAGGCACCAUCACCGAACUGCCGUUUCAACAGCACCCAGAGAUUUUUGAAAACGAGCCCCUGUUUUGCAUGAUUCGAGCUAACAUCUGUCGGCAAGGCGAGUAUGUAGAAUGGUCAGAGCUGAAGGAGGCCCACGACAAAUUGUACAAGCAAUGCGUGGAGGAAGGCAUCCCCGACAAACUGAAAGAGCCGCCAAACCACUACGUCAUGUACAAGGUGGUGCCGGAGAUGAUGGACUUCUACUUGGCCACCGACAGCUCAGUUGGCGACAGGGUCGUUUUCCGUCGCACUGAUCAGCCCAAUUUGAUUCCGGAUAAGGCUUUGAAGACGCACUUGUCUGGCGAUGAGCCAAAGGGACACAAUGGUGUCGAUGACCUGGAGCGGACUUUCAAAAACGGUCUGAAAAUCGUCACCGGAAACGAGCAGGGCGUGGCUGAAAAGGCUCUGAAGGAAUGGUGCCACUAUCACGUUUGUGCUUGAGAGGUCGACAGGAAAUAAUCAGUCAGAGUAAACAGGGGGCUGCGUUUACCGGCAAGACUGAUGACCAAAAUUACUUCUCUCAACUGCCAUUUUGAAGUUAAAAUAAAAACCAUUUUGUGUUUUUAAAAAUAA